AGCUUUGGUAUAAAGCUAGCCCGGUCUGACAAUAAAGUGAACUCUGUGAACAUCACAUUGGUGUGUCAGGUUCCGUCUCUCACAUGGAAAAAUGCAACAUUUUGGUGACCCCAAUGUGAUACUUCGUAUCGAAGAAGAUCGAGGAAAAGCCACCUGGACGGUGAGGAUAGCACCUGGAUGGUGAGGAUUAGCCGUGUGCUCAGAGAAUAGUGGAAAGUAGGCCUACGGGGAAUCAGGUGGCAUGGGAAACGUGGCAUUCGCGGAAGAAAAAAUAAUAGUGAAAAGUAUUCUGCAGCUGGCUGCACGAACAGGAAGAUACUAUUCGCCCAGCGGAAGGGGUGUGUCCGAUCGACGGACGAAUUUUUUUCUCCCGGUACAUGGGAGGACAUAGGGACUGAACUAUGGGAAGCGGUCACAAGGGGGAGCCGCGAGGCUUGCGACCUCGCCGGACCGUGGCGGGAGGUCAGGCAGCUGAUGGAGGAAGUCUCAGGGGAGCCGGAGGUGUGUGCCGUCCCCCCGGAGCCGCCCGCCGUGAGCUGCCCCCUCUCUGAGAACUCCGAAAAAUCGAUACCGCUGGUAUGUCCCGUAUCAGACUUGGAGUUCUGGAGCGGAGAGCAAAUUAUACCCUCUGCACCCUUUGAGCCAUGGCCUGCCUCUGACGACGAAUGGCAGCAACCAGCAAGUUUCAACAAGCCAGGACAAGUUAAUCCAGCUGAUGUGCCUUUGCCGGAGGAUCCAAUGGAGCACCAGGAGGGAGCACCACAGAAUCGCCCUGACUUCCAGGAGGAGAGCCACGUGCAGAGCCUGAAGGACUUACUGAGACGGCAGGAGAGCCAGAUGCAAGAAGUUCUAAACGCUAUGAAGCGACUAGAUGGCGGGUAUUUGUUGUUCUUGGACAAGUGGCAGGGGAAGGUGGAAUCGGCAGUGUUAGAAAAUGUUCAUUUACCAGCUGAUGAUCCAUUGCGAUUACCUAGCAUGGACCAAUUACCGGGUCAUGGACAAUAUGCGGAUGGUGCCACUCAGGCAGCACUUCAUCCAAGGAUUUUGCAGCAAACGCAAGGGCUUGCUCUGGCGGCAGUGAAAGAAUUGCCAAAUAUAGGUACCCCUGUGCCACCCUAUUCUACAAUAAAGCAGGAUCCUGGGGAACCCUAUAUGAAGUUUGUGGACUGUUUAAAAGAAGCUAUAGAUGCCUCUCCUAACCUGACUCCAGAGGCAAAAGCUGCUGUGGGGAAAGAUUUGGCCAUGAUGAAUGCAAACACCCAAUGCCAACAGAUAUUAGCCGGUUUGGGAAAAACUGCUUCUCUGGCAGAGAUGGUGGAAGCUUGUACACGGGUACCAAUUAUGCAACAGGAGGUAGAAAAGGCAAAAAUACAUGCUCAAGCCCACGCUGUGGCCUUGGCUGCAGCACUUAAGCCUGCAAUGAAAGGCCGAAGCCCUUCUUCUCUUGGCCUAGCAUGUUUUACUUGCGGACAGACAGGACAUCUUAAAAGAAACUGCCCUCAGUACGCUCGGAGAGGGGGACCUAGUAAUGGCACUAGUCAGUUGCCAGCUCCCCUCAAUUAUUCGCGCUUCGAUGGCACAUGCAGUCAGUGUGAUAAGUAUGGACACCGAGCAGUGGAGUGUCGAUCAAAAUUUUAAAAAGAUGGGACACCGCUGCCGGGAAACAGGAGGGCCAGCGCCAGGGGCUGGGGCGCGAUCACACCACAAUACCAGCCGAGAGGGGGAACAGCCAUGGUUGCUUGUCCGAGCUCAGGGCAGCAACCUCAGGAAGUGCAGGCGUCGAUCUGGCUGUGGAAACAGAUGUCACAAUAACAGACCAGUCUGUACAUGUAGUUCCAUCUACAGUAACGGGGCCCCUAGGGUAUGGAUUGAGUGCGCUUUUAAUAGGCCGCUCUUCUGCUUCAAGACAGGGAUUGUUUGUUUUGCCUGGAUUAGUAGACGCCAAUUAUGCUGGACCCAUAGGCAUUAUGUUGCAAGUCUUAACACCCCCUGUGACAAUUAAACAGGGAACCCGUAUAGCGCAAUUGGUACCCUUUAGAGCAUGUGAUCCUAAGGCUUUAGAUGCGGAAAGAGGUCAGAAAGGUUUUGGCUCUACUGGAGCCCCUGUGGUUGCUUUCACAGAAAAACUGACUUUGGACAAACCAUCUAGGUUAGUUUCCAUAUAUGGGCCUGGAAGUGAGAUUAGAAGAAAAAGAAUGCUUUUAGAUUCAGGUGCAGAUGUGAUGAUUAUCCCUUGCACUGAUUGGCCUCCAUGUUGGCCUUUAGAAGCAGUAAAUACCAUGGUAGUGGGGAUUGGGGGGGGCACUCCUACCCACAUCAGCACACAUAUGGUUAAGAUAAGAGAAGAGGUUGAGGGCUUAGAAGCAUGGGUACGACCUUAUGUUCUGAACAUGACAAUUACAUUACUAGGAAGAGAUGUGAUGUCUCAGUGGGGAAGAGCCCUGCAGUCGCCUUUUUGAUAAUGGCCAUUGCGGCGAGUGACACCCAGCCUUAUAUGAAGCUGAGUUGGGAAAAAAAUGAUCCUGUCUGGGUGGAUCACUGGCCAUUACCAAAAGAAAAGCUCGUGCAUUUAGAGGAGUUGGUUGAAGAGCAACUCCGUCUUGGACAUUUGGUCCCUUUCACCAGCCCAUGGAAUAUACCUGUUUUUACUACCCAGAAGAAAUCAGGGAAGUGGUGUUUGUUACAGGAUCUCAGGGCAAUUAAUGCAGUAAUGAAAGAUAUGGGCGUACUGCAACCAGGUCUUCCUACCCCAACCAUGCUUCUAAAAGAUUGGGAUAUAAUUGUCAUUGAUUUGAAGGAUUGUUUUUUCAUGAUCCCAUUACAGCCAGAGGAUUGUGAAAAGUUUGCCUUUACUGUUCCAGUGCUUAAUCAUCAAGCUCCCACGAAAAGAUAUCAUUGGGUAGUGUUACCUCAGGGAAUGAAAAAUUCUCCUACUAUUUGCCAAUGGUAUGUAGAUUUGGCUUUAAAGUCGUUUAGGCAACAACACCCUCAGAUGAUCAUCUAUCAUUAUGUGGAUGAUAUCCUUUUGUGCAAUGAAAAGGAAAUUAGUGAGGAUACAGUAAUUCAGUUGACAAAGCAAUUAGGUCAGUGGGGUCUGGUUGUGGCACCAGAAAAAGUACAGCGAACUGCACCAUUGAAAUAUUUAGGAUAUGAGCUAACCCAGGCCAUGAUUAGACCUCAGAAGCUUACUAUGAAAGCAAAGGUAGCAACCCUUCACAAUGCAAUGAAGUUGGUAGGGGACUUGCAGUGGAUAAGAAAUGUUGUGGGAAUUACAAAUACAGAUUUGCAACCGUUCUUUAGUCUCCUCUGUGGGGGACGAGACCCCCAAGAACCACGGUGCCUUACACCAGAAGCACAAAAAGCGCUUGAGCAGAUUGCAAGAAAAAUUUAACAGAAUACUGCUCAGCGGAUAAGAUUAGAAUUGCCUGGACAGCGCCAGUAUUUAUAAUGCAUAUAAAAAGCCAUUCUAAUCUAACAGGUGGUCUAGUUGAGGGAAACAACAUUACAGACAAACUUGUGGCAGUGACAGAUGUAUCUCCUUUUGAACAAGCCAGACAAUCUCAUGAGUUCUUCCAUCAGUCCUCAGCAUCACUCUGAAAACAGUUUGCACUUACCAAGGAACAAGCUCAAUCCAUUAUUGCAGCUUGGCCUGAUUGUGCCCGCAUAGUGCCUCUGCAACAAAAGGGAAUAAAUCCUCGAGGCUUGCAGCCAGGUCAGUUAUGGCAAACUGAUAUUACUGAAUUUGCACCGUUUGGCAGACAAAAGUACAUUCAUGUGUCCAUGUGUCCAUAGACAGCCAUGUCUCAUGGUCAUCCUGCUGUCCACCAGGACCCCCAGGUCCCUUUCCCCUACGCUGCUCACUAACAGGUCGUUCCCCAACUUAUACUGGAACCUGGGGUUGUUCCUGCCCAGAUGCAAAACUCUACACUUGCCCUUGUUACAUUUCAUUACAUUUUUCCCCGCCCAACUCUCCAGCCUGUCUAGGUCUCUCUGGAUGGCAGCACAGCCUUCUGGCGUGUCAGCCACUCCUCCCAGUUUGGUGUCAUCAGCAAACUUGCUGAUAGUACACUCUAUUCCCUCAUCCAAGUAAUUAAUGAAUAUAUUGAAUAGUACUGGUCCCAGUACUGAUCCUUGAGGGACUCCACUAAAUACAGGCCUCCAACUAGACUCUGCCCCAUUGGCCACAACUCUAUGGCUUCUUUCCUUCAGCCAGUUCGCAGUCCACCUCACUACCUGAUCAUCCAGACCUUACGUCCUCAGUUUAGCAGCAAGGAGGCUGUGGGAGACUGUGUCAAAUGCUUUACUGAAAUCAAGGUAGACCACAUUCACUGCUUUGCCAUCAUCUAUCCACCUCCUUAUGUCCUCAUAAAAGGCUAUGAGGUUGGUUAAGCAUGACUUCCUCUUAGUGAAGCCAUGUUGACUGCCCCUAAUGACACUCUUAUCCUUGAUAUGCCUUGAGAUGGCACCAAGGAUAAGUUGUUCCAUCACCUUUCCAGGGAUGGAGGUGAGGCUGACUGGUCUACAGUUACAUGGGUCCUCCUCCUUGCCCUUUUUGAAGACUGGAGUGACAUUUGCU